AAGUCUCUAGAAACAUUUAUGAUGGGAAUCCAUCUCUCAGAAGCGGAGAGGGUGAAAUGGCAUCAACUGUAACCAGUCAUUGGGUCAUUUCCACCACAUCUCAAAACUUUCCCAAAUCCUCACAGCUCUCUCACCGAAGCCUUCUCCAUCUUAAUACCACAAACUUCCAUCUUAGCAGGACUGUAACCCACCUUUCCAGAUUCUCUGUACCAAGACCCAGAGCUGCUCAAACGGAUCAGGAAGCUACAUCCUCUGUUCUUCUCCAAGAAGUAGAGCAGGCCAGUAAGGAAGUUGAGGAAAGUGUGAGGAUUCUCAAGAAUGCAGCGAAGACAAGAAAAGUUGCAGCAGAAGAGGUACUCGCUGCCCUUGCUGUGAUAGAGAAGGCUAAGCUUGAUCCUUCUGAAUUUCUCAAUACGCUUGGAGGAUCUGAAUCACCUGGAAGAACCUGGAUGCUUAUCUUCACUGCUAAGGAUCGCUUGAAGAGUGGUAGCUAUUUCCCUAUUACUGCCGUUCAACGUUUUGAUGCAGCGGGAAAAAGGAUUGAGAAUGGAGUAUUUUUUGGGCCUUUUGGAUGCUUAACAUUUGAAGGAAGAUUUUCAUGGAAGAAAAGGAUAUUAGCUUUCAUUUUUGAGUGUAUCCGAAUAAAGGUUGGGCCAUUUGGUCCACUGCAGAUAAGCUUGGGGCAAAUAGAUGAGAGGGAGCCAAGCACCAAGGAAGAUCCCUUCUUCAUCUGGUUUUACAUAGAUGAGGAAAUUGCUGUGGCUAGAGGAAGAAGUGGUGGAACAGCUUUCUGGUGCCGCUGUCGCCGUGUGACAUGAUUGUAUGGAGCUUCCUUUCUCUUUCUUCAUCUCCUUCCUUCUCUCUCAUCCCAUGUAUACAUUUUAAUCUGUAUAUUUAUGCAUCCCAGUUGUUCUAUUCAGAUCCAAAGUUUGUACACACUAUACAGAGAUUGGAGUGAAUUAAUAAAGUCUAAAACAUCUAAUAUUCUGGACUUC